GUUGCAAGGAGAUAAUUUGGCAGAAAGGCCAGAAGAUGUCUCCAUGGUAUCUCCAGCAUCUGAGCCAGCAGUAUCAGACUCUGAUGCUCAAGUACCUGGGGUUGAAACACUUCCGGAAGAUAUUGAUGAAUUUCAGAGUGCCUCUCAAGUGGCAGGAUCUUCUCAGACGGUUUGGACCCUGGAUGCCAUGAGCGUCAGACCUGGAGGUUCCCCAAGGCAGAAACUCUUAAAGGACUCCUUAGCAGCAAAAGAACUUCAGACCAUGGAGAAACACCUAGCUGAUAUUGAGAAGGACCUAGCGUUAUGGGAAGAAGCAAGGCUCUCAAGAAGCCCUAGUAUCCAACAUCAUAGUUUAGUUACAUCUGACCAUCAAGGCAAUCUUCAAGCUACACAGGGCCAAAAUGCGAAGCCUCAGAUGCCAACUCAAAUGGGGAAGAACAUUCAACUCCAAGGAAACAAAUCACCGCCGCUGCCCACUAACAGCAGAACACAGGUCUCCAGUGUUCCAAACAGUAGGCCUCCAACGCCCGGUACACAAACCAACAGGCCACCAACUCCAUCAACUCCAGGGAGCAGACCCGUGACCCCAAAUAGCUUGCUGCCGCGGCCUCUUACCCCUAGCAACCAAGGAAAUAGGGAAGGCAUCAUUAGUAUGCAAAGAAGCAGAUCUUUGACAUCUAAGAGCCAAAUGGGGAGGACCCUCAGCGCUGCUUCAGGGCUCUCUGUGCAAAUGAGUGGAGACAUUGUUGGAACUGUCACUACUCAGAGAAGCAGUUUAUCAGAAGAUGAAUUCUUACAACAGCUUCAGCUUGCUCAUCAACCUUGGAUAUUGCCGAGUGACACAGAAAGUGAAGGAGUGGAAGCUGACCAAGACAAAU